GAGCGCGAGGCGCUUUGGUCUCACUCACAGUGCAGGAUACUUUAACUUCACUUCUCCUCUCCGUUAGGAGUCAAUGUUAAUCUAAACAGCUAGAGCGCGAGACCUCGGUCAUGUCUUUGGCGGAUCAGAGUCUGCAGUUUUUCCCGGUGAGCGCGCGGGUGUCGGUUCUCCGGGCACGAGGCCUCCGGAUCAAAGGGAAGGAUGGCACCAACGAUGCGUACGCGACGCUACAAGCGGGUCGCGAGACGUUCCGCACACCGGUGGCGGAGAAGCACACGGAGCCGGUGUGGGGCGGGGACGAUGCCGCCUUCAUUUUCACUGAACAGGACGGCGUCCCGCUGCAGGUGCGCGUGCUACACCGCGUCCCGCUCGGAGCGGACAAAGUACUCGGACUGACCGUCGUCAAUGUGCACGAGCUCCGGCAGGACAGCGCGCGCGAGAACCCACAGUGGUUUAAGCUGUUAAAUAAGACGGGGAAAGCCGAUAAGGAGCGCGGUGAGGUUCUGCUGGACAUUCAGUUCCUGAAGAGCAGCAUGAGUGUCAGCAUGAUUGACCUCUCUGACAAAUCACACUCGCGCCUUGGAAAGUUCAAGGACAAACUGCGGGCCAAAAAGAAAGAAGGGCUGAGCGACUCAGCCUCCGCGAUUUUGCCUUCGGUCAGCCAGGUGUUGACGGACAGUGAGGAAGAACUGGACAGAGAGACGGAGGGAGAGUCGACAAAAAAGAAGAAGAACAAACUAAAGUCUCUUUUUGUUCCUAAAUCCAGCAUGAAGCGCAACUCCAUGUCUCAAUCCAUGUCCUCAUUAGGGGCACUUCCUGAUAAAAACUCGUCCAUCAGCUCGAGCACGUCCUCAGGCCUCAAUGUGGAAUCAGAAGGGAAGAAAAAGAAGAAAUUUACCUUUUUAACACACAAACGGAAUGGCAGCACAGACAGCAAGACAUCCACUCAUAAUAACGCCACCCUUGGCUCGACCAAUCAGAAUCCUCCAUCACCGAUUGAUAUCUGCAUUAAUGGUAGUCAUGUUUACAGAGAAGAAACCCAAAGUGAAGAAGUGCAGGAAAUGGAGGAAGAGGAAGAGGAGGGAGAUAAAGAGGAAGAAGAGGAGAGAUGGCGAAGAGAGGAAGUAGAACGGGAACGACUGGAGGAGGAGAGAAAAAGAAAAGAGAAAGAAGAGCAAAGGAGAAAGGAGGAGGAAGAAAAAGAAAGGAUAAGGAGAGAGAGAGAGAAAGAGGAGCACAGGAGAAGAAUAGAGGAGGAAGAAAAAGAGAGUAUAAGGGUGGAGAGAGAGAAGGAAGAACAAAGGAGAAGGAUGGCAGAGGAAAAAGAACGGAUAAGGAUGGAAAGAGAGAAGGAAGAAGAAAGGAGAAGGAUGGAGGAGAGAGAAAAAGAGAGGAUAAGAAUGGAGAGAGAGAAGGAAGAACAAAGAAGGAUUGAGAAGGAAGAAGAAAGGAGAAGGAUGGAGGAGAGAGAAAAAGAGAGGAUAAGAAUGGAGAGAGAGAAGGAAGAACAAAGAAGGAUUGAGGAGGAAGAAAAAGAAAGGAUGAGGAUUGAAAGAGAGAAGGAAGAACAAAAGAGAAGGAUGGAGGAGGAAGAAAAAGAGAGGAUAAGGAUGGAGAGAGAGAAGGAGGAACAAAUGAGAAGGAUGGCAGAGGAAAAAGAACGGAUAAGAAUUGAAAGAGAGAAGGAAGAAGAAAGGCGAAGGAUGGAGGAGAGAGAGAAAGAGAGGAUACGAAUGGAGAGAGAGAAGGAAGAACAAAGAAGGCUUGAGGAGGAAGAAAAAGAAAGGAUGAGGAUUGAAAGAGAGAAGGAAGAACAAAAGAGAAGGAUGGAGGAGGAAGAAAAAGAGAGGAUAAGGAUGGAGAGAGAGAAGGAGGAACAAAGGAGAAGGAUAGAGGAGGAAGAAAAAGAGAGAAAGAGGAUAGAGAAAGAGGAACAGCAGAGAAAGUUGGAGGAGGGAGAAAGAAUGAGGAUGAAGAGAGAGAAGGAAGAACAGAUGAGAAAGUUGGACGAGGGAGGAAAAAGAAAGGAAGAGAGGGUGGCAGAAGAGCUGAGGAGAAAGAUGGAGGAGGGGAAUGACAGGAAGAAGGCUGAGGAAGAAGAGAAGAUGAGGAUUGCUGAGGAGGGAAGGAUGAAGGAAGAGAAGAAAAGAGCGGAGAGAAAACGCAUGAUGGAGGAGGAAGAAAAACAGAAAGAGGAGAAAAGGAUUGCAAUGGAGAGAAGGUUAGCAGAUGAGAAAAAAGCCAGGGAGGAAGAAGAGAGAAGAAUAGCAGAAGAGAAGGAGAAACAGCAUAAGGAAGAAGAACGAGUUCGAGAGGAAAAAGAGAGGAAGAGGGCAGAGAUGGAGAUGAAGAGAAAAGAAGAGGAGCAGGAAAGAAGGAAUAUGGAGAUGGAGGAUAAGAAAAAGAAGGAAAAACAGAUGAGAGAAGAGCAGGAGAGAUUAAGAAAAGAAGAAACUGUAUUUGAAGAAAGUGUCAUCUCACAAUCCACUGACUUCCCUCGUUCAGCCAGAAUCUCCAUGAAACCGAGCGUGUCCGUCUCUGCAACAGUUUCUCAGUUGACUAUGACGAACACCAACCCCUUUUUGGAUGACGAUUUAGAUGCCAGCAUUUCAGAAAACACCAGUGUUGAAGAGGCAACUGCUAAAAAAGGACGUGCCCCAUUACCUAUACAGUUGACUGGGCCAGAUGUUUGCUCCAGAGCUGUUUCUAAACAGCAUUCGAAUUUAAAAGAAGUCUCAAAACGUCCAGCACCUCAACCACCAGGUACACUGAAGAUGACCAGAGAAGUGACGGUCAAAGAAAACACAGAUCAAGCAGGUCUCAGUCAAGGAGCAAAGAAAACCCCUGAGAGACAUCAUGAGAGUAAAGUCUUGUCAGUCACUCAAGAUGUCACACAAGUUAAUACUAAUCCUUUCACAUGUGAUGGACCAGUGGCUAUAAAACACAACAAGACCCCAGCACCAAAACCAAGAAGUGGGAUAUCCGUGUCUGAAGAUAGGCCAAGAAAUGGUGGCAAAAACCUAACAGAAAGUACUGCUCACCUUGAAGAAAAAGCAAGUGCUUCUAAUAGCAAAGGUAAUCCACCAAACUGGAAACUGUUGAAAGCCUCAAAUGAUAUUACAGUUGAAUAUGUCAAAAGUGACCUUACUGAUGAUCUGUCACGAAGAGAACAUCAUCUGGAGGAUGCAGUUGAGCCUGAAUCUGCAAAGCCAAAUUCUCCUUCACGUCUCAGUCAGGAUUUGUGUCCAGAACCUCUGGUUUCCCCCACUGAUGGACUGCCAAGCAUGGAAAGAUCCCAAAAGAAGUCUCGAGCCCCUCUUCCUCCAGUUAAACCUAAAAGAACUGAAGAUCCAAGCACUCCACACCAGCAGCCAUCUCUUCCAAACAAGACUAACCUUGAACAAGCCCAAGAGAACCAUAGUAAUAAGAAGGACCAAGAUAACACAUCGGUUUCUAGUAAUGAAAUAGCUGCAAUCAGCACUCCAUCAUCCACAGUUUCAUCCUCAGUGUUCACGCCACUUGCUGAGAAAUCACAGGUCAUGAAACCUUGUGCUACUGAGUCAGUGGAGACGGGUUCUGGUUCUGGGUCUAUGACUUUGCCAUGGGCUAAAAUGGUACCCAGUGAUGCAGGUGAAGUAAGAGAACAAGUUGCUCCCACCUCAGUAAUCAGGCAGCAUGCUGUAAAACCCCUGAGUGCUGCAGAGAAUCGGCCUGAAACUCAUGAAUCUCGAGUAACUGACAACAUACAGCCCAAAACAAAGGCUGCAGAAGCAGUGACGAAAGGCCCGUAUUCUCAGUUGACGCAGACCGAGCUGAUCUCUCUGGCGUUGCGUCAACAGGAACAGCUUUCAAAGCGUGAUGCCAGGAUCCAGGAGCUGGAGCAAUACAUCGAUGACCUGCUGGUGCGUGUGAUGGACGAAAAGCCAAGCAUUCUGAUGAGCAUGAACACAAAGAACAAAUCGAUAUGAGCACUCAAACAAUAGGAGGUGCUGAAGAAAGCAUGUAGAGAGUGAAUUAAUACUUACAUACUGACUUUCGGGAAGAUGAACUCUGACAACGCUAAGCUAGACUUUGCUAGUAUAGCUCUCACUACAGUGCAAAGUCAAUGGUGUUAAAGUCUUUAUUACUGAGAUAAAUACAUAAACAUGGGAUUUAUUCCCCCUCACAUUCAUAAACCUCUGCUCUUACUACAUAUCAUGGGACAGAAUAAAAUGUGUAACGUUGUCUUUCUACUGUUUCCUGUUUUCAAAGUUCACAAAGUUAAAGCUUUGUUCACUAGUGCACAGAAAAAGAGCUCUUUGUACCUACUGUGUUUAAUAGUUCCUUUUUUUUGUGAAAUGGGGGAAAGUCACACCUAAAACACACAGUAUAUUGCCUUAUUCAUUGUGUAAUAUGCCUGCAAUGAGUGCAAUACUGUACCCUAAAGCACUUUAAUCAGAGACAUUUUCUCCUUUUUGAAAUCUGUAAAUAUUAAUGAUUAUUUGUACUUUAUACCUUUUCAUUUGAACAUUAUAAGUGAUGUUAUCUUUCACUCAGAAAUAAAGAAUUUUCUUUGCA